UACUCAAAGAAAGGAGUAUUUGCAUUUUGUAAAAAUUCAUAUUUAUUUCUAGACUAUAUACUUACUCUUUUCCCUUCUCUUUUUGUUUUUUUUUUGGUUCCCUCAAAAUUCUCUAAUUAAUUCCCCCUUUCCUCCUCUCCUUUUCUUUCCUCCCACAAAACCCACCCUUCCAUUCCUAUUUCCUACUCUUCUUCAUACCCAAAUUUCUUAUAAAAAUGGGAAAAUCAUCAAAAAUAGGAUUAGUGGGAGAAGAAGAGAUAUUAAAUGUAGAUACAAUUACCAACACAACUCGAAAUCAAUCUCAAAAUCCAAUUACAAAUUAUAACGACAAUAAUAAUAUUAAUAAUAAUAGUCGUAAUAGUGAUGAAAACUUGUGUGAUUUUUGUAACCAACAAACGCCAGUUCUAUACUGCCGCGCUGACUCCGCCAAGUUUUGCUUAUUAUGUGAUCAACACGUUCACUCCGCGAACACCCUUUCCAAGAAACACGUCCGUAACCUCCUUUGCGACGCUUGUGGGUCCCAACCCGCCACCGUCAAAUGUUUCACCCACAACAACUUUUGCUUUUGUCAGGAUUGCGACUGGGAUCUCCACCAGUCCACCGCCAACCACGACCGUUCCGCCGCUAUCGACGGCUUCUCCGGCUGUCCGACCGCCUCCGACAUCUCUUCUUUCCUCGGCUUCGAUAUCUCCAAUAGUAAGAAACAACUCAACAACAGCAAAAACAGUAACAACAACAACAACAACAACAACAACAAAUCAGUUGUUGAUGUGGUUGACGAUGAUGAUCUGUUCGCUUUCUUCAUUGAUGGGGGUGACGUCACUCACGAUCCUUGGUCGGAUUUAAUGGUGCCAGCUCAUCACAACAACCACCUCAAUGUGGGGCCGAGUUUUCCAUGGGGGUUUGAUGAUAACGCUAAUCAUGAUUUAGGGUUUGUUAAUGGCUUAAUCAAGAAAUCUUCUAAUGCGAAGAAACAACAGGCGGUGAUUAAGCAGCUUUUGCACCUUCAACGACGUCGUCGAGAUUCGUCUUGUGAUGAUGCUGAUGAAGAUGUUGAUAACAAUAAUAACAUUAACAAUCUUCUUGUUCCUGCUGUGGUUGCGAAUAAUGAUGAUUAUAUUUUACAAUUACCGAAUAAUAAUGAUGGGAUUACUACUUAUAAUCUUAUUCAAAACCAAUUUCAAUGUCAGCAGCAAGGACAGGAAGAAGCUAAUUUCUCAUCUUUUAUGGGUUUGAACACAAUUAAUAAUAAUAAUAAUAAUAAUAAUAAUAAUAAUAAUAAUAAUAAUAAUAAUAAUAAUAAUAAUAAUGUGGAUGGUCCGGCAGCUGGAAAUGUGAUGUGGGAUGCUAGUCCCACCAAUCCUACUACACAGAUAUGGGAUUUCAACUCAGGAAGGAUGAGAGAUCAUGAAGAAUCUGGAAGAUUGGAUGAUGGUUACCGUGAAAGUGAUGUGGGAUUUAUGAUCAACAGCUACAACUCACUUCUACAAGAUACUGGUUUGGCAAAUUCAAAGAUCUUAGGGGACAUGUAUGACAUGAAUUGUUCCACCACUCCGAAUGAUAUCCGAAUUUUUAAUAGUAACAUGCAGAAUUCAGCAGCAAGCCAGGGUCCAGCUACAUCAGAGAGCAAUAAUAUGCCUAUCAUAAGGCCAUCUUCGGGUUCAGUUUUUGGAAAAACUAAAAGUGUUGGCUCCGCAGAUAUUCACUUUAUGGAGGAAUCUGUAUUUCUUGGAGGCGAUAACGCACUAAAUGCAGUCAAAACAGUGGCUGACAUGGAAAUUCUGGCACAGAAUAGAGGCAACGCCAUGCAACGUUACAAGGAGAAGAAGAAAACAAGAAGAUAUGAGAAGCAUAUACGUUAUGAGUCAAGAAAGGCAAGAGCUGAUACGCGAAAAAGAGUGAAAGGACGAUUUGUGAAGAUCAAUGGUGCUCCAUUCGGUUGAAAUAAGUCCGUGCUGUGUAAAUAUUUUGAAUUUGCUGUGGAGAUCUAUUUUUUUCUUCCAAUUUUGAAAUCAGUUUUGUCUACUACAUCAUUAUCUAUGCGAUUGUUGCUUCUAGCAUAGAAUGAUGACAUUUCAGAUGAGAUUUUUAGUUCAUGUAACUCCCAUACCGGCCACGUAAUAGCUGUAAAAAGAAAAAAUUAAAUAACUAUGAUAAAGAAGAAUUAAGGAAGUCACUGCUAAGAACAGUAGAAUUUGAAUAAACAAAAUAAGUUCUGUUGAA